AAGCUGCGACAGGACGAGGAAGGGUGCCGUAAAGCGUUGUGUUUUGGACUGAGGGAGGUCAUUGGAAAGUGAGGAGUACGAACGGGCUGGCUCUCAAGGCGCAGAGACACCCAGUGCCGGGACACAUCUCAUGCCGGUGUAAGACAAAUAGAUAAUUCAACAGCUCCGUUCAGUGUUUCCACCGCCGCGACAUGCUUCGUCUGAUCCUGCGGCUCAGGCCGGCCUCCGGGCUGCACUGCCCCCGUGCCCUCCUGCUCGGGCCUGCUACGCUCAGCACCCGCUCUGUGCCCGGAACCGGUUCUCUGAAGCGGCUUCACUGCGCAGCCGGGUCCCGGACGACGUGCCUGGCCUCCGGCUUGAGCCACAGGGGGACUCUGCUGCGGUGCCCCCCGCUGACAGGCAGCCACCGGAGCGGUCGUUUCUACAGCCUGCCGCCGCACCAGAAGGUGGAGCUUCCCGCGCUGUCGCCCACCAUGCAGACGGGAACGAUCGCACGUUGGGAGAAGAAGGAGGGAGAAAAAAUCAGCGAGGGCGAACUCAUCGCUGAGGUGGAGACCGACAAGGCCACUGUUGGUUUUGAGAUCCUGGAGGAGUGCUAUAUGGCAAAGAUUCUGGUUCCCGAAGGGACUAGAGAUGUUAACAUUGGAGCUGUAAUAUGCAUCACGGUUGACAGCCCUGAACUCGUCGCGGCCUUUAAGGACGUGACGUUGGAAUCUCUCCAAGCAGCCGGUGUCAGUCCUUCCCCGGGUGCCUCGACUCCUCCGCCUGCUGCCGCCGCUCCCCCCGCAGCCCCGGGCAGCUCUUACCCCCCACACAUGAAGGUCACACUUCCCGCACUCUCUCCCACCAUGACGAUGGGAACAGUGCAGCGUUGGGAGAAGAAGGUGGGAGAGAAGCUGAGUGAAGGAGAUCUGCUGGCUGAGAUCGAGACCGACAAGGCGACCAUCGGCUUUGAGGUGCAGGAGGAGGGAUACUUGGCCAAGAUCAUGGUGGCAGAGGGAACUCGGGAUGUUCCCCUGGGAGUGCCGCUCUGCAUCAUCGUAGAGAAAGAAAGUGACAUCGCAGCGUUCAAGGAUUAUGUAGAGACGGGACUGUCCGAGGUUUCCACACCGGCACCAGCACCGGCGGCAGCACCUGCACCUGCAGCAGCAGCUGCCCCCGGCCCAGGUACCGCGCCCGCUGCCCCGCCAGCACCCAGGAAAGGUCGCGUGUUCGCCAGCCCGCUCGCCAAGAAACUCGCCGCCGAGAAAGGAAUAAACCUGGCACAAGUCAGCGGCUCCGGUCCCGAUGGGCGCAUCACCAGGAAAGAUAUCGACGGCUUUGUUCCACCAAAGGCCGCACCCCAGGCGGUAACCGCCGCUCCCCCUGCAGCCGUAACUCCGGCUGCUUCUGCACCUGCUGCAGCUGCACCAGCGGGGACCUUCACAGACAUCCCUAUCAGCAACAUACGGAAGGUCAUCGCUCAGAGGUUGAUGCAGUCCAAACAGACGAUUCCCCACUAUUAUCUGUCUCUAGAUGUCAACAUGGACCAAGUGCUCGAGCUUCGGAAAGAUCUCAACAAUGAGGUGAAGGCUCAGAAUAUCAAGAUUAGUGUAAAUGACUUCAUCAUCAAAGCCAGCGCUCUGGCCUGCCUCAAGGUACCCGAGUGCAACUCCUCCUGGAUGGACACGGUAAUCCGGCAGAAUCACGUGGUGGACCUGAGUGUAGCUGUGAGCACGGCCAGUGGUCUCAUCACGCCGAUAGUCUUCAACGCCCACGUCAAAGGACUCGCCGCCAUCAGCGCCGACGUGUCGGCUCUCGCUGCCAGAGCAAGAGAUGGCAAACUGCAGCCACAUGAGUUCCAGGGAGGUACCUUCACCAUCUCCAAUUUGGGAAUGUUUGGCGUCAAGAACUUCUCCGCGAUAAUCAACCCCCCUCAGGCCUGCAUCCUCGCCGUCGGGGGCUCCGAGAAACGCCUGAUGCCCGCUGAUAACGAGAAAGGGUUCGACGUGGCCAGCAUGAUGUCGGUGACGCUGAGCUGCGACCACCGCGUGGUGGACGGAGCGGUCGGCGCGCAGUGGCUCGCCGAGUUCCGCAAGUUCCUGGAGAAGCCAGUCACCAUGCUGUUGUGAUCGGACUUAAGUGCUGUUCAACCGCAACAACAGGCGGAGGCCUCUCACCGAAGUGAUCCAAUCGGUCCGAAUCGUCCUGUGAUUGGCCCGCCUGCUAAUAGGUCACUUCCAGUUACCCUGAAGAGUGAAGAGGCAGAACUCACGCCGCUUACCUCUCUCUCUCUCUCUCUCUCUCUCUCUCUCUCCCUGUCUUUCUCUCCCCUCCUGCUCAUUCGCUAUUUAUUGAGGCCCGUUUUCAAGACACCAGAAUUAGGUAAGAUUUAUCCUAGAAUUGAGACCGGCCAUUAAAACAUCAGUACGGUUUCACAAAGGGAAGAGUUACAACCAGCGAACGUACUUAUCCCAAAACGUGUGUGUGUGUGUGUGUGUGUGUGUGUGUUUGGGUGUGUUUGUGCUCAUUUUAAUAAACGGUUUUGAGGGAAUGUGACAGACGAUAUAAGUGGAGCUAUCGGUUGGUUCCAGCCUUUUAUGAGUAAAGGAAUGCGGUUAUGGAGGAUGGAGCUAAAUGUAUUUAACAGUUCAGAAACACACACACACACAAACACGUGUGUGUAUACAUAUAUACAUAUAUAUAUAUAUAUAUAUAUAGUGGUAAGUUGUUUGGAUGAAAUAACAGCUGUAUUGAACCUUCACCGUAUGAUUUAAUACCUGUACAGUCCAAAAUUUUGCCAAUUUUAUUUUCUAGUCUCAGACACUUACCUUUGGAAACAUUCUUUCUCACUGCUGUAACGCACAACGACUGGUGCUGGAUGUUAUUUGUUUCAAUAAAUUGGAAGAGGUAAAUCUUG